AGAGAAAUGCGUCACGGCUCGGGCCUGGGCUCGGCCGGGGUCACCGCGCCGGCCCCGAGCGCUCUGGGAGGCUCCCUCAUCCCCGUGCCCUGCCCUAGCGCCUCGUGUGAGCGGAAUUAGUGCCAAAGGAACGGGGGUGAAUUGCCCGCUGCCUCCGUGAACGGUGUUUGCACGGACGAUUAGGGCCGUGAACAGCUUCGCCCACCUUUUUGCCGUAUGAACACAGUCAUGAAAGAAAGUGGAACAAAAAAAAAAAGCUGCUAUGUGAAAAGGUGAACGUGUGACAGGGAGGUGUACAAAACCAUUUUUGCAUAAAAGUUGGUGAUAACCUACCAAGAAGCCCUUGUAUCGCUUGCCUCCCGAUAGCCUCUUGCAACAAGAGCACUGUGUCGUGCGUGCCAUCUUCCAUCAAGUCUGCAGGAGUGAAAAGUGCUGAAGGAGUGUAAUAAAUUGAACCUGCGCAGUUUUCCUGUUCGAGAAAGACAGAAGACAGUUUGAACCAUGGCAAGCCAGGACUUGAUGGCAAAAAAAAGAGAAUGUCUCCAGGCCUACAGCUGGUGGAGAACACCCCAGAAGAAACGGAAGAAAAAGAACAAAAUAAAACCAGGAAGAAUAGAGUUUGUCCCUAGUAGUACUAACACAACCAGACCAGACUAUUCAAUAUUUGUUGGGGAGCUGACUCCAGAAGUAGAUGAUUUUCAGCUCUAUGACUAUUUCCUAAAGAGGUACCCUUCAUGUAUUGACUGCAAAAUAGCAACAGACCUGCUGGGAUAUUCCAGAGGGUAUGCCUUUGUCAGAUUUGGUGAGCAAGGUGAUCAGAUGAGGGCACUGCAAGACUGCCAGAAUGCACCAGGUCUGGGGGGAAAACGAAUCCGGCUGAGCAUAGGAAUUUCUAAAAGACUGAAAGCAGAAUUCCAGCGGUACCAGUCAUACAACUACAAUGAUUAUUAUCAAGAUUAUCAGAACUACUAUUCACAGUGGAAUUAUGAUCCUUAUGCCGACUACAACUACAGCUCCUAUACUCCCUAUGAUAGCAUGCAAGCUGUUGGAGACUGCUCUUUAGGAGAUGCUGUUAUGGCUCCUGCUGUUUUUGAGGAAGCUUCAGCUAUGACUGAAAUCAAUGAUGACCUAAUAACUGAAGAUCCACAGCUGUACUUGGAUGUUGAUGAAAUGAACAGACAAUUUAUGGAGACAAGUGAAGAACUCUAUGAUGCCCUCAUGAAUUGUCACUGGCAACCUCUGGAUACGGUCACUUCUGACAUCCCCUCUGCUAUUUAAGUGUCUUAUAUAGCAUGACCGUUAUGACCAAGGUGCUAAAAUUACAUUUCUUCUACAUUACUCUAGAUCAUAAGUUUUAAAGCACAAUGAUAGGUUGGGGUUUCUUUUGCUAUGCUUUUGGCAGUUUCUGUAAUCUUUUUCUUUGUUUUGUUUUGUUCAUCACUUGGAGCAUCUUGAAAUCAUGUAAAUAUUCUAGAAAUGUAAAGAGUUCAAUGGGGUCUAAAGAUAGACUUGCCUGUGUAAAUAAAAUUUUGUUUCUGCAAACUGG